AUGACAGACCUUGACUUGUCUUUCAUUCCGGCGCUUUACAAACCGUCGGCGUUAUUGCCAAUUACGAGACAUAAAGCCAGCCUACUCUACACUGUAGAGACUCACCAAGUUACUGUGAUCAUCGGACAGACAGGCAGUGGAAAGACGACUCAGUUACCUCAAUUCCUCGAGCAGGCAGGAUGGUGCGCCGACGGCAAAUGUAUUGCAGUCACUCAGCCCCGUAGAGUGGCCGUCACCACAGUCGCGACUCGAGUUGCAGAGGAGAUGAGAUGCCAGAUCGGCGAGGAAGUGGGAUAUUCCAUACGUUUCGAGGAUGUCACCUCAUCACGGACGAGAAUAAAAUUCCUCACCGAUGGCAUGCUUCUCAGGGAAGCCUUGGUCGAUCCGCUGCUGACAAGGUAUUCUGUCAUCAUGGUAGACGAAGCCCAUGAAAGAUCUCUAAGCUCAGACAUUCUACUCGGUUUGCUGAAAAAGAUCAAAAAGCGACGUCCAGAAUUACGGAUCAUCGUCAGUAGUGCCACACUAGAAGCCGAACGAUUCGCAGCCUUCAUCAAGAAUGAAGGCGAAUCCGAUGAGCAAUGCCGCAUCGUCAGCAUCGAAGGUCGUAUGUAUCCUGUUGACAUUCUGUUCCUAGCCCAACCGACCGAUGACUAUGUCGAGACAGCGGUCCAAACGGCAUUUACAAUACAUCAGCAAGAAGGUCCCGGCGACAUCCUAGUCUUCCUUACCGGCAGGGAGGAAAUCGAAACCGCGAUUCAGAAAAUAUCCGAACUUGCAUCGACCCUACACCCACAAGCGCAAGCUCUCCAACCACUACCGCUGUACGCUGGCCUCGGCACAGAUGAGCAGAUGUACGUCUUCUCGGAAGCAGCAGAAAACACUCGCAAAGUCAUCCUGAGUACCAACAUAGCAGAAGCCUCGGUGACUGUUUCUGGUGUGGUGUUCGUAGUGGACUGUGGCUUCGUCAAGCUCCGAUCCUUCAAUCCCACCACCAACAUUGACACCCUGACACCAUUCCCAUUAUCAAAGGCUUCGGCCAUCCAACGAGCAGGACGUGCAGGACGAACGCAACCCGGAAAGUGUUUUCGACUAUACACCCAACAGACGUACGAGUCCCUCCCGGCCACAACACCGCCAGAGAUCCAGCGUUCCAACCUUGCCCCAAUGGUGCUGCAGCUGAAGGCCCUGGGGAUUGAUAACAUAGUUAGGUUUGACUUUAUAUCUCCACCACCGUCACAGCUCCUGGUUCGCGCCUUUGAUCUGCUCUACUCCCUUGGCGCAGUCGACGACUAUGCCAAACUUACAUCACCUCUGGGCACGCGCAUGGCCGAAUUGGCCAUCUCACCCAUGAUGGCCAAAUCACUCCUGGCCUCGUCCGACACCAAGUUCGACUGCCAGAGUGAGAUGCUGACGAUAGCGGCCAUGACGUCCCUACAAGGGAACGUGUGGUUCCACCACAGCGGCGAAAAGAAAGCCAUGGAUCUCUCACGCCGAAAGUUCGCCGCGGAAGAAGGUGACCACCUGACCCUCUUGAACGUGUACCAGGCAUUCGUCACCAAAGGGAAGAAAGAAGCCCGCUGGUGCCACGACCACCACCUCAAUUUCAAAUCCAUGCAGCGCGCCGUGAGCAUCCGGAACCAGUUGAGACGGUAUCUGGAGCGUCUGGGAGUGAAGAUCCACGAGAGCCUUUCCACAACAAGCAACGACCAAGCCUACCUGUCAACGGCCCAGCCAAGCCAAGCUGACAAAGCAACGGCGAUCAUCAAGUGUUUGGUGACGGGGUUCUUCGCCAACGCCGCAAAGAUGCAACCUGACGGCAGUUUCAGGUCUGUUUCGGGCAAUGUGACCAUGCACGCACAUCCGACCAGUCUGAUGUUCAACCGGAAGGCCGAGUACGUCAUCUUCCACGAACACCUCGAGACCGGCGACAAGGUGUAUAUCAAGGACAUAACCAAGGUGGAGAAACGGUGGCUAGUUGACUAUUCGGGAGGAUACUACAAUAUCAAAUCAUAG